AUGGCCGCCAAGACUUUCACCGUUGCCGCCGCCGCCACCGCCGGAGUGUGGCUUUGCAGCGAGGCUUUCGUGCCCGGCGCACAGGUCACUCGCGAGGUGCAGGCCCCCGCGGCCCACCUCCGCAGCGGCGCGCGCGCUUCCCGGGCCACGGGCUCCAGCCUGGCCAGCACCGCGGGCGCCGCGCUGCUGGUGGCCGGCGCCUGCGCCUCCCGCAGCCGCAAGGUCUCCACCUCCACGGUCUGCAAGUCCUUCGAGAAUGAGCUGGGCACCACCCUUCCCAUGAAGUACUUCGAUCCCCUGGGCAUGGCCAAGGACGACGACGCGGAAGACUUCCGCCGCCGCCGAAUGGCAGAGAUCAAGAACGGACGCGUGGCCAUGCUUGCCACCAUUGGCUACAUUGCUCCAGAGUACUUCCGACUGCCCGGCUACUGCAGCCCUUCCGCAGAUCUCAAGUUCGCGGACAUCCCCAACGGAGUCCAGGCCCUCUACAAGAUGCCCGCAGAGGGCUGGGCGCAGAUCGCCUGCUUCAUCGGCUUUCUCGAGCUCUUUGCCAUGAGGCAGGAGAAGGACCGCGCCCCGGGCGACUUCGCGGGCUUCGGCAAGCUCGGCCUCCCGGGCGGCAGCGCGCCGAUGGCCUUCGUGCCCGGCGUGCAGCUGACCCGAGAGGCUCAGGCCCCCGCGGCCCACCUGCGCAGCGGCGCGCGCGCCUCCCGGGCCACGGGCUCCAGCCUGGCCAGCACCGCGGGCGCCGCGCUGCUGGUGGCUGGCGCCUGCGCCGCCCGCAGCCGCAAGGUCUCCACCUCCACGGUCUGCAAGUCCUUCGAGAAUGAGCUGGGCACCACCCUUCCCAUGAAGUACUUCGAUCCCCUGGGCAUGGCCAAGGAAGACGAUGCGGAAGACUUCCGCCGCCGCCGAAUGGCAGAGAUCAAGAACGGACGCGUGGCCAUGCUUGCCACCAUUGGCUACAUUGCUCCAGAGUACUUCCGACUGCCCGGCUACUGCAGCCCUUCCGCAGAUCUCAAGUUCGCGGACAUCCCCAACGGAGUCCAGGCCCUCUACAAGAUGCCCGCAGAGGGCUGGGCGCAGAUCGCUUGUUUCAUCGGCUUCCUCGAGCUCUUCGCCAUGAGGCAGGAGAAGGACCGCGCCCCGGGCGACUUCGCGGGCUUCUCCAAGCUCGGCCUCCCGGGCGGCAGCGCGCCGAUGGAUCCGGCGGCCAACCAGCGAUCUCUGGAGGCGGAGAUCAACAACGGCCGGCUGGCGAUGAUGGCCAUCACCGGCAUGGUCGCCCAGAAUGCUUUCUUCGGUACAACCGGCCCGACCAUGUGGCUUCCUGGCUCCUCUGCUUUUGAAGGGGAGCUCGGUGUGCAAGCGCCCGUGGGCUUUUGGGACCCCCUUGGGCUCUCCGCAGACGGGGACGUCGACACCUUCAAGCGCCGCAGGGCUGCCGAGCUGAAGCAUGGCCGGAUCUGCAUGUUGGCCUGCGUGGGAUACAUCGUGCCGGAGUACUUCCGCUGGCCCGGUUUCCUUUCACCGGAGAAGGGUCUCAAGUUCGCUGACAUGCCCCACGGUAUCGCAGCCAUCUCCAAGGUCCCCCUGGAGGGCUGGCUGCAGAUCGUCCUGUUCGUCGGCCACUACGAGGGCUACUUCUGGCGCCAGGAUCCCAAGCGCGCCCCGGGCGACUACGAAGGCUACGGCUUCCUGGGUGUGGGCAAGAACUUCAUCGUCAACGUCGACCCCAUCGAGUUCCAGGACGCCGAGGUGAAGAAAACCAAGCUUUCCGCCGAGAUUGCGAAUGGACGAUUGGCGAUGGUGGCCCUGAUGGCAAUGCUUUUUCAGAACGGCACCGUGGGCUCCACCGGCCCUGCCCCCGUGGCCCACCUGCGCAGCGGUGCACGCGCCUCCCGGGCCACGGGCUCCAGCCUGGCCAGCACCGCGGGCGCCGCGCUGCUGGUGGCCGGCGCCUGCGCCGCCCGCAGCCGCAAGGUCUCCACCUCCACGGUCUGCAAGUCCUUCGAGAAUGAGCUGGGCACCACCCUUCCCAUGAAGUACUUCGAUCCCCUGGGCAUGGCCAAGGAAGACGAUGCGGAAGACUUCCGCCGCCGCCGAAUGGCAGAGAUCAAGAACGGACGCGUGGCCAUGCUUGCCACCAUUGGCUAUAUUGCUCCAGAGUACUUCCGACUGCCCGGCUACUGCAGCCCUUCGGCAGACCUCAAGUUCGCGGACAUCCCCAACGGAGUCCAGGCCCUUUACAAGAUGCCCGCAGAGGGCUGGGCGCAGAUCGCUUGUUUCAUCGGCUUCCUCGAGCUCUUCGCCAUGAGGCAGGAGAAGGACCGCGCCCCGGGCGACUUCGCGGGCUUCUCCAAGCUCGGUCUCCCGGGCGGCAGCGCGCCGAUGGAUCCGGCGGCCAACCAGCGAUCUCUGGAGGCGGAGAUCAACAACGGCCGGCUGGCGAUGAUGGCCAUCACCGGCAUGGUGGCCCAGAAUGCUUUCUUCGGAACAACCGGCCCGACCAUGUGGCUUCCUGGCUCCUCUGCUUUUGAAGGGGAGCUCGGUGUGCAAGCGCCCGUGGGCUUUUGGGACCCCCUUGGGCUCUCGGCAGACGGGGACGUCGACACCUUCAAGCGCCGCAGGGCAGCCGAGCUGAAGCAUGGCCGGAUCUGCAUGUUGGCCUGCGUGGGAUACAUCGUGCCGGAGUACUUCCGCUGGCCCGGUUUCCUUUCACCGGAGAAGGGUCUCAAGUUCGCUGACAUGCCCCACGGUAUCGCAGCCAUCUCCAAGGUCCCCCUGGAGGGCUGGCUGCAGAUCGUCCUGUUCGUCGGCCACUACGAGGGCUACUUCUGGCGCCAGGAUCCCAAGCGCGCCCCGGGCGACUACGAAGGCUACGGCUUCCUGGGUGUGGGCAAGAACUUCAUCGUCAAUGUCGACCCCAUCGAGUUCCAGGAUGCCGAGGUGAAGAAAACCAAGCUUUCCGCCGAGAUUGCGAAUGGACGAUUGGCGAUGGUGGCCCUGAUGGCAAUGCUUUUUCAGAACGGCACCGUGGGCUCCACCGGCCCUGCCAUGUGGCUGCCCGCAUCAUGA